AUGGAAGCAUUCUUUCAUCGGAAGCGUCGGCGAGUCUCGCAAGAUGAGGAACCCAAGCCGAUUCAGCAGCUAUCAGAUCCGCCCAAUGAGGACUCCACUGACAUCAAGCUUGCAAUAUUGUUAUCCCUAUUUCCAGCGGUGAAGCAGGAUGAGUUGCUGGAUAUAUUGGUCUCAUGUGAUGGCUCUGUGGAAUCAGCCUCCGAAAUGCUCUCCGCACAAGGGUCUGCAGCAACCAUCUCAACCAAAAAGCGUGCGGCAGCAGGUCCACUCGGCAUGCAGACAUCCCUCUCAUCGCAUAUCUUGACAAAAGCUGAAGACGGGACUUUGAAGCCGAUAAAUCAUCUAGGAGCUAGGAAAAAAGCUCCCCCGACGAAAAAAGGCAAGACACUACAUCUCUACUCACCCGAGGACAUCGCAGCCUACACACCAUGCACAAUCAUCCACAACUUUUUACCGGCGGAAGAAGCAAACAAACUUCUCCUAGAGCUUCUCGAUGAGUCGAAGUAUCUUACGCGGUCUACAUUCCAGCUGUUUAGUCGCACCGUUCAGAGCCCCCAUACACAUGCCGUGUAUGUGUCCACGGCCGAGGAACAACGCCAACAGAUGUCGGAUUACACAUAUGGAGGCACAUACAGCUCCAAUGUGCGACAGGCAACACCGCAGUUACGGUCGGUAUCACGCGAGGUCCAAACGGUCGUUAAUGAAGAGGUUCAAAAACGGAUCCGUGACGUCUAUCCAGAUGGGAAAAAGCUUCAGUACCAGUCGUCUAAGCAAUGGAAGCCGAACGCAGCAUUUGUAAACUGCUACGAUGGUCCAGCCGAGAGUGUGGGAUAUCACUCUGAUGGACUAACGUACCUUGGCCCUCAUCCGAUCAUCGGAAGCCUCAGUCUUGGGGUGUCACGCGAGUUUCGCAUCCGUCGCAUAGUAGCGGAAGAUGAGGAGGAGGAUGGAAAAGAAGAGGAAUCCGAAGAUAUCAAGACUGCAGACUCGAAGCCAUUGCAGAACCAGGCUGCUUCUGCACGCGCUGAUGCCCAAGGACAGAUUUCCAUACAUCUUCCUCACAACUCACUUCUUGUUAUGCAUGCGGAGAUGCAAGAAGAAUGGAAACACUCUAUCGCACCCGCCCAAACUAUCGUACCACAUCCAAUCGCCGGCAAUCGUCGGAUCAAUAUCACAUAUCGGUGGUAUCGGGGUACUCUACACCCACGAUACACGCCACGCUGUAAAUGUGGACAACAUGCAAUUCUCCGAUGUGCGCGACGUAAGCAAGAAUCCCGAGGAAGGUAUAUGUGGAUGUGUUACGCUGGCUAUACCCCCGGGAAAGAAGGCUGCUCAUUCUUCCAAUGGGCGGAAUUCGAUGACGAUGGUGAUCCAGUCUGGGACGAAAAAGAGUUUCAAGAUCAGGCACCUGCUCUGGGCAAUUUCUCGGCUUCACAGUAA